UUUCAUUUUCAUGUAUACGAGUGUAUCUAAUUAUUAUCUCACUAUAUAUAUAUGGUGUAUAAGUGUGAAUGUGAAUUUCCAAAUUGGUGCGAACCUAUGAUGGCGUACGAACAUUGAAGGCUGGCUCUACCUCUGAUUAGUGACCCAAACUUCGAAGCCUUUUGGUGGCUGAGUUUUCUUUCUCACAAAUCACACUAUCAUACUGCACUCCCUAGCUAAUAAUCACUCUCGAUAACGCCGCUUUGGAGGAGAUAUUCUUCAUCAUCUCCCUCCCUCCUUUCAUCUCCUUCAUAGUCUAUAUAAGGCACUGCCAUUUUUCACUAUAUCAAUUCACUUCUCUCCCUUUUUCUUUCUUUUUCUUUGUUUCUCCCGGUGUGGAAGAAGUUAACAUGGGUGAGGAGUUUCAUCAUGGUGUUGUUAUGAGAGAGUAUGAUCCUAAUAGAGACAGAGAAAGAGUAGAAGAAGUAGAGAGAAUAUGUGAGGUUGGACCCAGUGGAAAGCUUUCUAUCUUCACCGACCUCCUCGGUGACCCUAUCUGCAGGGUCCGCCACUCACCUUCUUUCCUCAUGCUGGUGGCGGAGAUUGGAGAUGAGAUAGUGGGAAUGAUAAGGGGUUGCAUCAAAACCAUCACGUGCGGAAAGAAGCCCUCCAGAAACACCAAACACAGCGACACUAGUAACACUGGUAACAGUAACAGACAUCUCCCUGUUUAUGCUAAAGUCGCCUACAUAUUAGGCCUUCGCGUUUCCCCCUCUCACCGGAGAAUAGGAAUAGGGUUGAAGCUGGUGCAUCGAAUGGAGGCAUGGUUCAGAGAUAAUGGCGCAGAGUAUUCCUACAUGGCAACGGAAAACGACAAUUUAGCAUCCGUGAAACUCUUCACUGACAAAUGCGGUUACACAAAGUUCCGUACUCCUUCCAUCCUUGUCAACCCCGUUUUCGCCCACCGUCUCACCCUCUCCCCAAAGGUCAAAAUCAUCCACCUUACCCCCUCCCAAGCGGAAGCCAUCUACCGCCGCCGAUUCGCCACCACCGAGUUCUUCCCCCGUGACAUCGACGCCGUCCUCAACAACAAACUCUCAGUCGGGACCUUCCUCGCCGUUCCCGACGGCGCCACCUGGCAAGGCACGGAUCACUUCCUAUCCGACCCACCCAAGUCGUGGGCCAUACUUAGCAUAUGGAACUCUAAGGAACUCUUCACGCUCCAGGUGCGUGGUGCGUCGCGCGUGAAACGCACGCUUGCGAAGACGACUCGCGUGGUUGACAAGGCUUUUCCCUUUUUACGGUUACCUUCAUUUCCGGACUUCUUCAAGCCGUUCGGGUUCCACUUUGUGUACGGAAUUGGAGGAGAAGGUCCCGAGGCGGUUAAGAUGGUUAAGACUUUGUGCGAUUUUGCGCACAACGUGGCCAAAGAACGUGAUUGCGGCGCGGUAGUUACCGAAGUGUCUGGUCAAGAACCGUUGCGGUUUGGGAUACCGCACUGGAAGAUGCUAUCGUGUCCUGAAGAUCUAUGGUGCAUUAAGAGGCUCGGUGAGGAUUACAGCGACGGUUCCGUUGGUGACUGGACCAAAUCUCCACCUGGAAUUUCCAUUUUUGUUGAUCCAAGAGAAGUCUGAAAUCAUUAUUACUCUACAAGAG